CUAGUAUAAAGAUGAAUCUUUUCGAUUCAGUCACAGGAAGAGACCACAUAAACAAGACAAAAAGCAUUUCAUCUCGUGGCUUGCAAUAGUAAAGUUUGUAUUAACUACACAGUACUAGUAUAUAAACUACACCCUCCUUAAUUUUUUACUCAAUUCAAGAUCUUGUCUGUUUCUCUUUCUUUAGGUGUCUUAAAAAAAAUCAAGAUCCCAGUUCCUGAAUCUACAGUGAGAAGAAAUGCUGACAACAACUCUUAGUGGCAACUAUGGUUUCCCUCUCUGCAUCUCUGGGAUCGCUAAGCAGCUGCCUCGCUCCAAAGAAAUGGCAGAUCAUGACAAGAGAAGGAAGGUGAUGAAGAAGAGAAGGAGAUCAGAUGAGUCCAUGGUGGAGAGAUUCGAUGAGCUAUUAUGGCUUCAAGAGAGUGAGGAUGUUAGAGAUCUAGUUGCUUUAUUACAAGAUCUCGAGUCAUGGAGCUUUUCUUCUCACACAGCUAAAGCUGCUUAGUGUUAAAUCUCACCAAGUUAUGUCUUGUAAAACUGCAGAUCAAGAAUCUUAAGCAUGAAAAAAAAAAGCUACAAAAAAUAUUCCUACUGUUUUCCACAGUGGUUUCUUUACACGUUUAAUUUGUCGUUGGCGUGGAUGUUUUACUGCCUCUUUUGGCCUUAUCCUAGUGUUUUGGUUUUUAGUUCAUACAUUUCUUUGUUGGAUAAAGGCUCCAUAUGCUUAUCUUAUUAAAGCUUGCUUGUCGUUUGCUUUCUAAGAUUCGUAAUUUGUUGGAUUUAAUGGCCACCGAGACGAUUUAAG